CCUCCUCUUACUUAUAAGAUGGUCAGCAUCAACACCACCAGCAACAACGCGAUGAACAACGAAACGAUGGACAGCAGCAACAACGGCACUCUCCUGUACAAGGCGACAGCCCGGAACCUUCGCGAGUACCACGGCGUCCCCUCCAUGACAGCAGACAACCUGGAGAAGACCAUGGUCCUGCUUCGCCUCCGCCCCGGCCGCCUCGUGGUGCAGGGACUUGCCCCAGAGAAGCUCCUGAAGGGAUUUUCAGCAGCUGACGCUCACGCGGACACCACCGACAGCAGCGGCAGCAGCGGAUCCGAAGUCGAGCCAGAGCAAGCGGACGACAACCAGGUCUCGGACGACUCGAACAGCAACAGCAGCGACAGCGGCGACACCGAGCACGACAACAUCCGCAAGCACAACAGCCUCGGCUUCGAGACCAACAAAAGAAGCAAGCACCCCGUCCAUGCGGCCUUGGUUGCCGCAGGCAUCACACUCCGCCCGCGUGAAACCAGGCCGUUGCUCCGUGCCCUUGGCGUAGGACCUCACCGGCUAGUCAAGCUCGGGCUCGUUCAACGGGAGGAGCUUCGGCGGUCCAGGCCUGGAGGCAGGCGGGGUGGUCCUUCUCACUUGCGGCAUGGUCACCCUGGAGGCCCUGGAGGUCGUGGCCACCACCACCACCGCGGCGGCAGAGGUAUGGGUAGGCCUCGCGGCCCGCCUCCCUAUGGCCCUCCGCCGCACCGCCACGUCCACGGCCACGGGAAGCGUCGUGCCCACGGUGAUCACCUCCACUCGUCAGGCCCUGUCCACGAACCGCCCCCCGGACCGUUCCAUGAAAGCGGUCGACCCCUCCACGGACCAGGCCACCACCACCACCACCACGGCGGCGGCGAGAGUGACGUAGAACAGGAAGAAAUGGCGAUGCACACCAGGCCACGUGGCCCUCCCCACGGAAUGCCACCGCCCCCGCACCUACGCCGGCAACAAGGCGGUCCGCCUCCCCACGGCAUGCCCAUGCACGACCGCGAGAUGCACCUUCACCACGGACCCGGCCACCACCACCACCGCGACGAUGUAGAAAGCAGCGGGAGCGAGGAAGAAGACGGCACGGAGAUGUGCGUCGACCCUCGCGCCCACCCUCCUCCCCACGGCCACCCUCGUGAUGGCGGAGGAAGAGACGGGCGCAGCGGACACCACGGCAAGAGCCAUCUGGACAGCGAAGGAGAUGACUUCAUGGCGACUCACGGGCCGGCCGGACCGCCACCCGGAUCGCCCCCCCGCGGGCGGUUCCACGAAGACAGCCCCGACGGCAACAACAACGCGCAGGAGCACCACCAGCCACCGCCGAUGAUGCCGAUGCAACCCUGCUGAAAAAGUUGAGAUAAAUCUACAGGUUGCUGAUUCAUCGGUAUAUUGCCCUGAGGUAGAGGGUUGCGACAGGGCAGCCGCUUGGCGAAGUGUGGCGAUGUAGAGCGAUCGAGAGUACUGUCCGCGUCUUGCGAAGUUUGCUUGAUGGGUUGAUGGGUUGUAGUUUUUGCAAUUGGGCAGAGGGCUUCCUCGGGAAAACUGAUACGAGGAAUAAAGGACGUACCACUAGACCGGACCCAGUGUGGGGGACGUCGUGCGUUCUUUGAUAAGGCUUCUGCUCUUCUGCAGCUUUGUUUUUGCUUUGUUUGUAUGACUGCGUAUGUUCGUUUGGCAAGUAUGAAGGUAGCUCGUUGCCGCCUGGGCGGCUUCGUGUGAGAGGCGUCCUGCGUGAUAGCGUAUUGCUGCAAGCAGGCAACGGGACAUGUGAAGCUUGGAGAGUUGUGGGCUUGACCCAUGUUGUGCUGGUUCAGGCAGCAGGGUUUCCGAGUGCUUGUUCCGAGAUUGGUGGGACGUAUCUAUCAGUCGUUCUGGUAUGCAAAUUGAGCGCUAUAUUUUCAGCUCGCGGUGUAGAUCUUAGCAGUAGCAGGGUCUAGCAAAGCAGCGGCACUGCGUGGCUCGCUUGUUGUGGAUGAUGGAUGCGUCCCCAAUGCCAGCCUGGUUCGUUAGAUCAUUCCGGCGGAACGCAUGCGUGUGUGUGUGUUUUCUUUCUGGAGAUAUUGGUAUUUAUGUAUGCGGUACUAUGGUGUAGGUGGAGACUGGUAGAAAGUAAGUAGGGGUAUAUUGUGGGCUGCAGGUCUCUUGUCGCUUCUGCACCCUUUGAAAUAAGAAAGUAUUGAAAAAAA